UAGUGUCAGUUGGAUCACUUUUCAGGGCAUUAUGUCGUCUGAGCCUGGCAAUGAAUUACGAUGGAACGCAGUUAUGUGUUACUUUCCUGGGCGUCCAUACUACCUCAGAUAUCAGAUUGGGUUUGAUAUACUUGUUAACCCUCCUGAUGCACAAGCGGAUCCAUCUGUGGCCGGUCAACCUCCACGCUUGAUCCGUGUUCAGCUUUACUUCCCAGAUGGUAUUAUCUGCAAUCCUGCAUACUUCGAUGAAAUGCCAAAUCCUCUUUCAUUCGAAGGUGAUGUGCCACAUUCCUACCCUCCACUCCCUGAUGUCUAUCCACCAAUGCACCCAGAUAAUCCACAUCCAACCCAGUCGUUUUAUCGUCGUCUACGCCAGCAAGCUAUGAUGUUGCAGGAACAACUUUAUACUCGUGUGCUUGUAGAUAUCGCAAAUGGCCAGCCUGGGGAAUUUAUGGUAAUUGAUGACACACCAUACGAUGUCAUUCCUCACUGCAACGAGUGCAAUGAGUUUCACAGAGAUCCAGAACUUGUUCACAUGAAACGACCCCGAGGUGCUCCAAAACGCAAGCACUCAAAGCAGUCACACAAACAGCCAGGGCGUUCACAUCAGCGUCCAUCAAAGUCCACAUCCACAGAUGAGCAGGACACGUCACAUGCAGCACCACACACAGCCGGUGAAAGUGUCACCACAGGCCCCAAAAAACAUCUGCAAAAGCGCAAAAAGCGUACAGUGACUCAGCAGUUGCCAGAGGAAAAUGAGUUACAUGAAAUAGCGACAGGAAUACAAAACAAAAAUGUUUCCACUCAGGCUGCUGUUGCAACCAUCGAAAAGGCAAUGGAUCGUUUGAAUAUACAAGAAAACAAUCUGCAAAAGCAAGAAAAGCCUACAUUGACUCAACAGUUGCCAGAGAAAGAUGGGUUACAUGAAAUAGCAACAGGGAUACAAGACAAAAAUGCUUCCACUGAGCCUGCUGCUGCCACCAUAAAAGAUGAAAUGGAUCGUUUGAAUUCGCAUGAAGAGAACGAUGAUGGAAAUGUCGUUCAGGACAACGAGAAGCUCAGUGAAGAUGCAAAUGUCAAUGACGACAAAUAGAUGGAUGCAAAUUUAGCCACAUGAUGACUCUUUUCACUUAUCCUGUGCU